AUUUAGCCAGGCACCAGCCUUCCCUGGGGCUGAACCCUGAGACCCUGGGGCAGCAAUGUGGAGGCAGACACUGGACAAGCCAAGGUCUCGAAGCUUUGAGACUGGAAACAUUCACUUCCUGUCUACAUGUCCUCAGACCCCUAAUUCUUGCUCAUAACACCCCAAUGUGGUUUUUCUGAGGGUUUUAUUUGGGCCACACAAGAUGUGAAAAUCUCUCCUACCCACUCAUCCCACACAUCCUCAGCACCUCCUGGCAGGCCCCAGCCACAGCAAAGCCAAUUCUCAUCUUCACACACCACAUGUUCACACAUCACACACUCACACUACACAGCACACAUUCACGUGUCAUACAACACAAUAUACACACUCAGCCACACGUCACAUAUUCACACAUCUCACACACACACAUCAUUAUGCCACACAUCAUACAUUCACACACUAACAUCACACAUAACAUUCCCACUGCACACCUCACACUGUCACACACUUACACAUUACAGCUGUAUGUCACUCAGCUCUCACACAUUACACACUACACAUUCAUGCUCACACACACUCACGCCCACAAUCACACCUACGACACAUUCCUUCAUUUGUUCUCUCUCUCCAAGGCAGUCCCAGACAUGGAACCCAUAGCUGCCCAGCUAUGUGGCAGAGCCCUCGAAGUCAGGAAGAAUGGAGGCUAAGGGGACCUGUGGCCUCUGGCCUUCACUCUAAUCAGAGGCCUGAGGCUGCCCACUGACACGUUGGCCGAGUGUGGUUGCAGGAAGUCAUGAGUACAGCUGCUCUGGGCCGGUGGAGACACAGAUAGGGUGGGCGGGGCAGGUUGCCCGCCCCCACACACGCUUCCUCUGCACCUGCUCUGAGCCUCACUCUCGAUUUCCACUACGGACGUCAUUGUUUUGUGUUUUGGAGAGCUUGUGAUAAAUCUGGUGUGUAGGGGCCAGGGGGAGGGGUGUGCACAGGACCACUGAGGAGCCUGGAGGCCGUGAGCCACAUCCACCCAGAAGGAUGUGGGAAGAAGCCUCAGUCCCCUGUGGGCACCAGAGGCAGCAGCGCCCAGAGGCGUGGCCCUGGGAACCGACCUGGGAUGCAACAUCCAGGAAUGAAGUUUUGGAAAUUCUCUGAUAAGUGACAGCCCCGCACAUUGCCAUGUUCAAGGGCUCUUAAAGCCCUUCCAUGAGUUCGGUUCCUGCUGGGUCUCAUGAAAGCUUGUGAGGUAGGCAGGGCAGGGACCAUCCCUAUUUUAUCAAUGACAAAACUGAGGCUCAAAGCUAGAAAGUGCCAAGGCAGGACCAGAACUCAGGACUUCUGACUGGAACCCAUGAUACCUCGUGGCUGAUCACCUCAGUGUCUCUACCUUCAGUUCCUGGGCUGUGCCCUUGGACACUUGAGGUCCUGAAGGUAUAGCUGUACCAAGUUGCUGUGACUUUAGGCAGAGUUCUGUGUGACCUUUCACACCCUCUCCUGUCAUCAACCUUGAGGUCAUUGGACAGUUACCUGGGCUCCUGCCAGAGCCAGCCCCUUAGGGAGAUAUAGGAGAUAUGAAGGGUGGCUGAUGUGAGGUUAAGACCCCAGGAACAAUGUUUUGUUGGAGGGAAUGCCAGGGAUCAUCUAGUCCCACCUUCAUUUCGAGAUAAAGAAAUCGAGGUUCAAAACCCAUAGUAUUCCCAUAUAGCAGAUGCUCAAAUAAUUGUCAAAUAAGUUCAAGGGCUACAACCAGCACCUCUGACUCAGGCACAAGCUUCUGUCCACACAGCCUCCCUCAGACCAAGAAAAGUGGUGAUGAGGCUCUUAUAUCCUGAAGACAAGAAAAAAGUAGAAGGACUCUGGCUAAGGCAUCAAUGAAUACACAUAAGGCAUGGGAGGCCCCUCCAAGAGAAAGUGCCCAAGACAAAGAAAUAUCAUGACUGAUAGUUUCUGGUGGUCUUUAGGAUCUGCGUAGAAGCACUUUGAACCCUGGUGACCCAAUCUCGUGCAACACAUGUUUUCUCAACUCCUGACUUCCGGUGUGGUUUGCUGAUGUUUUCUUUUUUGGUCUAAGACUAGCAAGCAAAUAAGAGGGGCAGUCAUUUCCUCAUUUUCAAGUCUUCAUCCUCACAUGGACCAGAAAUCUCUUUCAAACCCCAGAUUGUGGCAGUUCCUGGGUGAGCAGUGGAUCCUUGUCCCCCUCUCCUGAGGCUCUUGAAUGGGCCCUUGUCCUGGAAGGAGCCAUGGACCCCUGGCUUUGGUUAAUUUACUUCCUGCCCACAGUAUCUGGAGCCCUGGUGCUCCCAGAAGUCAAGUUGGAGGGGAUGCUGGGCGGAUCUAUUACCAUUGAGUGCCCGCUUCCUGAAACGUAUACGAGAGUGUAUCUGUGCCGCGAGAUAGACAAAUCUCAAGCGUGUUUCACCGUGGUGUCCAGCAUGAGCUUUGUCAGGAAGGAAUACAAGCGCCGUGUCACCCUGAAGCUGUGUCCAGACCAGAACCUGUUCCUAGUGGAGGUGACAGAGCUGACCCAGAGUGACAGCGGAGUCUAUGCCUGUGGGACAGGCCUGCACACAGACCGGGGCAAGACCCAGAAAGUCACCCUGGAUGUCCACAGUGACUUCCGGCUCCUCCCAGAGCCCACCAGUGCAUUCCUCAUGCCUCCAGCAGAGUAUGACCCAUUCUGGGAAGAGGAGCCGUUUCCACCAUGGAGAGUUCCACCCAUGGAGAUGCUCCCUUGGUUCCAGAAACCUGUACUUGCCAGCUCCCUCGAAGUCCUUUCCCAAGUGACCUCACCAGCUCCAAGGACAGAGGCCCCUCCAGCACACCCCUCCUCCCCCACCCCCCCAGUCACCCACCGCCCUCGAGUUUCCAGGUCCUCGGCAGUGGUGGCGGCCAAGCCCACAACCCGCCUGCCAUCCACCACAAGCUCAAAGACCUCAGCCCUGGAGAGGCUGCUCAGGCCCCAGACAGCCAGCUACAACCAGCACACCAGGCUUCACAGGCAGAGAGCCUCCCACCACAGCCCGGGGUCCCGAAUGGAAGACCAGGGGUUUCAUCUCCUGAUCCCCACCUUCCUGAGCCUCAUCCUGCUGACCCUUCUGGGGCUGCUGGUGACCAGGAUCAUUCAGAGGAAGAAAGCCCUUUCCAGGCGGGCGAGCCGACUGGCCCUGAGGAUGAGCGCCCUGGCGGCCUCCCAGCGGCCCCAGGCACAGCGGCCCCGCGUGUCCCAGCGGCCACGCUCCCAAAACAACGUCUACAGCGCCUGUCCCCGGCGCGACCCGGAGGCGCACGCUGCGGGUGACCUGGAGGCACCGACCCCAAGGCCCGGAGCGUCGGCGCCGCCCGCCCCGCCGCAGGUGCGCCCUGCCCCGGCCCAGAGAGGAAGGGAGAGGGAAGAAACAUCGACCAACUGCCUCCUGCACACCCCCUACUGGGAUGUGCCCACAACCAAGGUGUCGGAAGCUCCCUGGCCCCACGUGCCGUCUCUGAAGACCAGCUGUGAAUAUAUGACCGUUUACCGCCAGCCUGCCGCCAUGAUGGGGGAUGCUGAUUCAGACGAAUACGUCAAUAUCUACUGCCUGACUCACCCCUCCAGCUGUCCCCCUGGGCCCAGGCCUCUGCGCCAAUGAGUCUGGUUUGUCUGCUGGUUUCCAACACUCGCUUCGUCUACUUUUAGAGCCCCUCGUGACAUCCCACAUCCCACCUUCCAUCCUGUCUCUGCCUCAUUGCCCUGAGCAUAGCUCAGUUCCCAUGGCUCUUCUGCAAACCCCUGUGGCCUUCAGGUGGCUUCUGGCCAUGCAGGGCAUUUGUCCCGAUGCCACCUGCUUCCCUUUCAAGCCCUAUAACAGGCUGUGGGAUUUGCAGACUCUCUUUGAUCACAGGGUUUUUGCUGCCUCAGCUCUAGACCAUGUGGCAUUAAUUUUGAUGUGAUGAAGGAUUCCAAAUUUUCAGAACCAUAUAUAUUUCCCUAUGUCCCUAAAUCUUCUUUAAGUCUCCCUUCCUUGAUGCUCAUAAGGAUCCUAACCCUAGCAUUUCCCCUCUUUUAAAUAUAGUUUUUGUCACUUCUAGAGGACUUUAAGGGAGAGAUUGACAACAAUACAGUCAUAGUAGGAGACUUUAACACUGCUGACAUCACUGGAUAGAUCUUCCAGACAAAAAAUUAACAAAGGAAACAGUGACUCUAAAGGACACACAGGCCCUGACCGGUUUGGCUCAGUGGAUAGAGCAUCGGCCUGCGGACUGAAGGGUCCUAGGUUCGAUUCCAGUCAAGGGCAUGUACCUUGGUUGCGGGCACAUCCCCAGUAGGGGGUGUGCAGAAGGCAGCUCAUCGAUGUUUCUCUCUCAUUGAUGUUUCUAACGCUCUAUCCCUCUCCCUU